CACCCAAACUCAAACCCAUCUGCACCGUUGAUCUCCCGCCCUCACCAUAAUCUAUCUUCAAGGCCUACUAAUUUAAGGCGGCCUUAUCCGCUCUCUUCGUCAGAAGCUACCUACCCGCCUCUCAUCGUAUAGCUGUCGGUCGCUUACACGCGUUUCUCACGCGUGUGGCCUUGAUCAGCAUUUCACAUUGUCAUCACCUACAAGUGGUCGCAUCGUAACUUAAGCGACUCCAAGGUCAGAGACAUGGCAGCGUCCGAGGCCAAAGAGCCAGCCACGUUGCUUUCACUCCCGAAUGAACUCCAGGCCAUGAUCUUGGAGCCGCUACUGUGUUUCGAAGACCCAGUAAAGGUCCUCAGUAGAUGGGACAGACGAAGGAUGGGCAUCCGCGUUGGAUUGGGAAAACAGCCGCGUAUGAAUAUUCUGCUCUCAUGCAAACAGCUCCGCGAUGUCGGUCUGGAUCUUCUUUACUGUCGCAAUACUUUCCGGCUGGUGGCGAAAGCCUCUUCCUGCGACAACCCGCAGUGGAUCUGGGAGAUCGGCUUGAGAAACUUGGCCAAACUCACGUCUCUGACCCUAGUCCUCAGCAUGGCCAAAAGUUUCGAUAUGAAUGGCUCUGAUGAGUGUCCAAUUGCCCGUCGAGUCGAGCACCACGUCCAGCGCGCGAAUCUCCUAAAGGGAUGGAUCAACGGGAUCUCGUUAAUAUCGUUCACUUCAAAGCUGCGACACCUGGAGAUAACGCUGCCCACUCAAGGAUACCAUGCAGAUAAUAUCAUCUCCAUGGUCACCUUUUUGAGGAGCGUGUGCUUAAUGAAGACCCUUCAAUCUUUCCGCCUGAUUGGGGGUGAUCUCAACUUCGCGAGGGAUAUUCCUGGAUUAAUUCUGUUAUAUCUGAAUCGCCGACUCCGCAUUCCUAUCAAGCACCCUCGGCUUCAGUGCUACUUCUUGGGACUCAGGGACGGGAUCUUGCAGCUCGAAGAGGAAAUGGAGUCAACGAGGUUGCUGAUCAUCGAGUCGUCGUCUCGUACAACAUCGUCAAUCCCAGAGCUUCCCUCAUCGUUUGCAGACACCGACUGGAUUGAGCCUAGCGAAGACCGCGUUCAAUGCCAUACGUCUCGCCUUUUUUAUUUGUUCGCCAUACCGGCCGGCGAGUUUGACGACCCUCGGCAUUACCAACUCACUUCUGAUCCCGCCCGUGGCAACGACCAGUACCUCCCGGUUCUCUUCCGUGGCCUCAAUCUCUUCACCGCACAGAAAGAGCUUCACUCCGGCAAGUUCUGGCCGCAGGUUAAUUUCCACAAGCGCGAGUUCGAGAUCCUUGGACAGAAGCGUCAGUUCCUCAUCGAGUUCUGGGAGGAGUUGAAAUUGCUCGGGAUUCUAAGGAAGAAGAAGAAGGUUGAGAGCGAUGCGCGAAAUGCCGGUUAGGCUAUUGGACGAAAGAGCAAUCUACUCCCGGGGGCUUACGCUGCUUCGAACAUUGAUGCGAGGGUGCGUUGUGGCCAUUUGCAGCCUCGAGCAGCUCCUUAUCUUGAACAAGGAGCUCUUGCUGGACGCUGAAGUGCUUAGGGAUUAUCCGGAUUCAUUUGCGUGCGUAGAAAAUGCAUUGCUUGGGUCAACCUUGGCCAAAGGACCCUGGAUGCGCAUCACGCGUUGGCAUUUCUGGGGCGUAGUUUCGGAAAAGACGAGCCCAUGAGUUCGGAAUUGGGUUCGGAAUAUCCAGACUCUCGCAC